CAGCAGGAAACGUGAGCUGCACUCAUUAGCUCCUCACGUGCUCAGCCGGAUUUAUAAACACAGGGGAAGACGGGAUGUAAACAAUCAGUGGGCAGCAGCCAGAGCCAGAGCUGGGGCGGGAGCUGGUCGGGUGCCAGGACUGGGAGAUGGGGCCCAGGACACAGUCCUUAGUGGCCAGGUCCACCUGCACACCAUGAACUUGGAGAGGAGGAUCAAUGAGGGCUCCAGGAUGCCCACUGCACUCUCCCUCCUAGGGACACAGGCAAGCUGCAAGCUACUUACAACUAAACCACAGGUUGUCUCUGCCCCAGAUGCUUUUGCUGCCUGAGAUAUGGGAACAUUUUGCCCGGAGUGGAAGCUGUCAUGACAGAGGGUAGAACCCUGUCCUGUCCCCUUUCUCCUUUCCUAGCCCUUUUUCCCUCUGGGUUUCUGAGUCUCCUUCCCUCUUUCUGCUUCUCUCUAUGGGUCAGUCAGUUGGAUCCUUCUGCUCUCUCCCUUGCACCCCCCACCCACCCACACUGCAGUGACAGUUACCUCAGAACUGAAAUAUUCCUGGAAACACCGGCCUUGUCUGGUUAAUUUCAUGAGCCGUUUUUCUGCCCAGAUGACUUAGCUCUUGUUUAUCCAAAGGCUUCUCCCCCUCUCCCCCUACUGUCCCUGUGUAGGGAGCCAGUGCUCCCCAGGGAUGUCCCACAGGGCCCAGAAGAGGAGGGGGGAAACAAGUCCCAUAGCUGCGUUCCUGACUGCUCCCCCCAAAUGGGAUAAGCAGAGCCCUGCCCCAGAACUCUUGUCUAGCAGGGCUGCCCAAAGCAGGGUGGCAUAAAGAGGCAAGCCCAGCUGCCAAUUCCUGCUUCAGCCAGGACCCUCAGCAUUGCCACUGACUGCCAGCCAGGCCAGACUCAAUCUUGAAAGCUACCUCAAGGCUGGAAGGGCCACUGCCCACCUCAGCAGGUCUCUACCUCCAAAACUAACCCCACCUUGUACCAGCAGGAUCUUGGGAGUGACUCAGUCAGACAGCCAGGCUAAGAGUAGCCCAAGGCUUCAUGCAGAGGAGAAGGGCCUGGAGUUGUCUUGGGAUGUGAAGAACAGGGACUAGAAAGGACCUCAGAGUCAGCAAGAGCUCAGAUAGAAAGAAAGAGUAAGGGAAGGAACAUUCAGGAGGGAGUGCACAGGCUGGAGCUGGGGGCAGAGCAAAAAGGGAGCCUGUCUCUUCAGGAAGCAGUUAUGUGCCUGACCCUCCUCUCUGUCCUAAAACACAUGCCUGUGAGUGUGUGCGCGCGCACACACACCCCAAGAGCCCUUCACCAAAAGGGCAGGUUCCUGAGACCAGCAGGACCCUCCCUCCCACGCUCCAUCAGUACAGCCUCAGUCACACAUCUGAAAGUCAAGACUGACCAGUUGGCAUGGCUCAGUGAUGGUCGACCUCUGAACCAGGAAGUCAUGAUUCAAUUCCCAGUUUGGGCGCGUGCCGGGGUUGCAGGCUUGAUCCCCACUGUGGGGCAUGCAGGUGGCAGCCGAUGGAUGAUUCUUCCUCAUUUCUCUCUCAACCCUUUCUCUCUGAAAUCAGUGUAUAUAAGGACUGACCAGUUGGGGACACUGCAGGAGUCCCACCUGAUCCUUACACUCUGUAAGAGACAUUCUAUACAAUUUGAAUCCUAAACCCUUCCAAGUUUUACCCUCUCUAAAGCCCUGACCCAGUAUUAUGACUACCUGUAAACUUAACCUAGUCUUAACUCAAACCUCUCCUAACUCUAAGUACAGUCAAAUUGUUAAACCCAUAUCCAACUUACUUUUAUCAAAACAACACAAAUCAUUGCAGAAAAUGUGAAAGUAUAGAAUAUAAAUUAGAAGGAAAAACUACUCAUGGUCUCACAUCUAUCCAAGCUCAAAAUCCACUAGCAAUAUUCUUAGUGACAUGCCAUGCAUCACCCUAUCUGAAAAUCUGAAUCAACACAUUCACAAACCGUAGUCCCAGCCAACCCUCUGCCUGCCCAAACCUAACCACAUCCCCCAGCUGGACUCAAACCUCAACCACACUCACUCAGCCAAAUCCCAAUAAAUUAACCUGAAACUUUCAAAGCAACCCAGUCCGUAAAGCUAACCUAGCCCAAUGCCAAUUAUAGCCUUACCUUAUCCUAACCUUAAUUGCUUUACCCAGUCCCAAUGCCCACUGAAUCCUGGCCAAGUGUUCUUGAUCUUGAACCUCACCUAAAAGCUGGGAAAAUCAUGUUUCCCAACCACCUAUGUCUGUUCUCACAGCACUGACCCCUGGCCUCUGGCAUCCACAGAUGUCCAGACUCUCCAGCGCCAUCAGCUGACAGACACAAUUCAUUGAAUACAUCAUUCUCUCUCUUCCUCUCCCUUUCUUCCACCCUCCCUGCCCCCCUCCACUGAUUGAAAGCUGAUUGAAAGCCUCAUGCAGCUUAACCUUUUCCCCAUCUAAAACCCUAUAUAACAGUGGUUCUCAACCUGCCUAAUGCCGUGACCCUUUAAUACAGUUCCUCAUGUUGUGGUGACCCCCAACCAUAAAAUUAUUUUCAUUGUUAAUUCAUAACUGUAAUUUUGCUACUGUUAUGAAUCAAUGUAAAUAUCUGAUAUGCAGGAUGUAUUUUCAUCGUUACAAAUUGAACAUAAUUAAAGCAUGCUGAUUAAUCAAAAAAACAAUAUGUAAUUAUAUAUGUGUUUUCUGAUGGUCUUAGGCGACCCCUGUGAAAGGGUCAUUCGACCCCCAAAGAGGUCGCGACCCACAGGUUGAGAACCGCUGUUAUAUAAGAAUGGAGCACGCUUCCCUGAGGGUGAACGUUAACUCUCUGUUAACCCCAUCCUGCAUUUCCACACCAAGGAUCAUAUCCUAGAAUGUCCCUACCACUGACCGCAUGAGCCAGCCCUGUGUCCUGCCUGACCCUGGUGGUCUGACCCUAUACCUUGCCUCCUAUAGCUUGACUGUGACUUGUUAAUUCGGGGGUGGGGUGGGGGGACAGAGGAGGGAGGAGACAGCCUUUCUCCUCCACCUCUCCCAGGGCUGACUGCUCUCAGCUGGCAGCUCUGACAUGUGCUGUUUCCCACCCCAACCCCUUGGCUCCCCGCGAGCUGCAGUGGAACUAGAGGCUGGGAGAGGAGGCUGAGGUACACCUGGAACUUGGGAACACUGAUUCGUGUCCCUAGGCCUGGCCCUCCUUGUACACAUACCUACAUGGUGGCACAUACAGUGACUGUUAGCUGACCCACAAACAUACUCUCCAGUAUCUACUGGUAUAAUGUAUAACAUACAUGCCUACACACACACACACACACACACACACACACACACACAAACGAGCAAACGCUCUCUGGGGCCAGGAAUGCUCCCCUCCUCCAUCCCCCCCUGCCUCCCAUCUGGCGUUCCACUCCUCCCUCCCAGCCCAAGGUGGGGACAGACACCUGAGGGGCUGCCAGCUGCUAUCUCUACCAGGCCAGGCCCACCCUCAUGCUUCUUGUCCACAGGGGACUCGUGGGGGAUGCUAGCUUGCCUGUGCACCGUGCUCUGGCACCUCCCUGCAGUGCCAGCCCUCAAUCGCACAGGGGACCCAGGGCCUGGUCCCUCCAUCCAGAAAACCUAUGACCUCACCCGCUACCUGGAGCACCAACUCCGCAGCUUGGCUGGGACCUAUCUGAACUACCUGGGCCCCCCUUUCAACGAGCCUGACUUCAACCCACCUCGGCUGGGGGCAGAGACUCUACCCAGGGCCACUGUCAACUUGGAAGUUUGGCGAAGCCUAAAUGACAAACUGCGGCUGACCCAGAACUACGAGGCCUAUAGCCACCUUCUGUGCCACUUGCGUGGCCUCAACCGCCAGGCUGCUGCAGCUGAGCUGCGCCGAAGCCUGGCCCACUUCUGUACCAGCCUCCAGGGCCUGCUGGGCAGCAUUGCGGGUGUCAUGGCAGCUCUGGGCUACCCGCUGCCCCAGCCUCUGCCCGGGACUGAGCCCACCUGGGCCCCUGGCCCUGCCCACAGUGAUUUCCUCCAAAAGAUGGAUGACUUCUGGCUGUUGAAGGAGCUGCAGACCUGGCUUUGGCGCUCAGCUAAGGACUUCAACCGGCUCAAGAAGAAGAUGCAACCUCCAGCAGCUGCUGUCACCCUGCACCUGGGGACCCAUGGCUUCUAAUCUUUGACCUUUACCACCUCCUCUUUCCCCUCCCCUUUCCAACCCUGCUCCCACUCUGGGAGGGAGAAACCUGUGUGCCAACACUUGUUGAGCCAGGAGACAGAAGCUGUGAGCCUCUGGCCCUUCCCAGACUUGGAAGAGGGCAUGAUGCAAUAAGACCCAUCCCCUCCCUACUUCCCAAAGUGCUGCAGGUCUGGAGAAGAGGUGCAAUAGGCCCCCUCCCAUUUCUACAGGAAGUAAUGCUCAAGGGAGCCCGAAGUGGUUCGGGUUGGUGUAAAGCUCUCACAGCCUCCUGCUUCCUGCCAACCACUUGCCAGUGCCCAACCAGCCCCUUAAGCGGCACUUGCAGGAAGCAUGCCUGUAGGGCAGGGAGGGGGCCACCGCAGCAUGUGCCUUUCUGGGGUGAAGCCCUUUGCUGCCUCACUCUCCUUAGAUGGGUGUUGCUCCCCUACCCCAAUUAACUCCAUACAUUCAAUUCAGGAAACAAGCACAGUGGCAAGUCCAAACAGGAAGAGAUGUUAUUAAAAAUGGAAGAGGUGAGGUCUGCGUUGGAGGUAAUACUGAAAGCAGAGGGGCAGGCACAGACUGGACCCUGGGGUCACCAAGGCACUUGUGGCACAGGGUGGCAACCAAAGGACCUUGUCUUGAAUUUUCUUGCCAGCAUCAUGGUGCCUCCUCUCUGCCCCCUUUUCCAGGGUAUCUGUGGGUUGCCCAGCCUGGGGAGGGCAACCAUAGCCACAGCCACAGGAUUUCCUGAAAGUUUACAUUGCAGUAGCAUUUCGGGGUGUAUGGGGCAGCUCCCCCAGGCCCUGCACCCCAGCCCCAACCACUCAUGACUCUGUUUGUUGUAUUAAUAUUUAUUUAUUUGGAGAUGUUAUUUAUUAGAUUAUAUUUAUUGCAAAUUUUCUAUUCUUGUAUUAACAAAUAAAAUGCUUGCCCCAGAAGCAUCUCUGCUUGGCA